AUGACGGAGGCAGUUAGUUCUGUACAAUUUUAUGAUGAUUUUAUUCAAUUUAAUGAAUAUUUAUAUGCACAACCUUCUUCUUUUGGUAUUACUCACAAUAUUAUGCAAAAAAUUGCACAAAAAAAGGUUAGCGUAUUAGCAGUAGGAGGGUUUUGUGAUUCUGCAACAGCAAGAGGAGCAAUUCGUCUUUUCUCUCAUAUACAGGAGAAUGCACCAGAAACACGGCAAGUAGAUAAAGGGUUUAGGGUUUAG